GAUUGCUGUGUAUCGUUACCGAAGUUGCUGUUGUUUUCCUCCACCAGAAAUCAUCGGGUACUUUGCCGUGUGACUUUCUGAAGAUGAUUGAGUCCUCUCUGAGUUCUUUGGGUGCAAAAGUUGUCGUCGCUACAUCCAGCGACGAGAAUCACCCACCAGAAAAUAUCACUGACGGAAACACCAACACGUUUUGGAUGUCCACCGGUAUGUUUCCUCAAGAGUUCAUCAUUCGCUUCCCUGAACCCACGAAGAUUUCUUCUGUGACAGUGGACAGCUACAAUGUCAAGCAUCUAAAGAUAGAAAAGAAUACCUCACAAAAUGCUUCUCAGUUUGAGUCUGUUACAAAGAAAGAAUUUGAACAUACAGAGGGGCAUCUUCAGUCAAAUGCUAUUUCGCUAAAUGGAAGCAGUGCAACCCACCUUCGUUUUAUCAUCACCUCAGGAUAUGAUCACUUUGUCUCAGUGCACAGAGUCAGUGUACAAAGUUGACAUGCUUUAUUGUUGUGAAUUAAGGCCUUGUGGUAUAUUUUUUUGUAAAUAUAUGGCUUUAUUACAUUAUUUGAUAAUUGUAAAUAUGAGACGAUCUCAUUAUAAGCUCAGCCUCCUACACACUGGCAGACAACUCUAAUAGUAACUGGAAAUCUGAUAAGCAUAUCCCAUGAAUAUGUGCGGUAAAUUGAUUUUGAAAACCAAUUAAUGUCUAGGCAAAAUAUACUUUAUCAUCUUAAUCUUAUCAGUGAAGUUGCAGUUGCAGACAAAGUUAAUGAUCGAAAGGUACAUUUUUAUAUUUUACCUCAAAUUCUGAAACUGGCCUGAACCCAUUGUCUGUGUUUGUGCUUUCUUAAUGUUAUGGAGUCACGUAUGGGGUUUAUUUUUCUUUAUCCCACAUUCAACUGUUCCUGCUAUUUUCACAAGCUGAUAGCUGGCAAAGCUUUAGAAUAAAAUAGUUGGAUUGUGAUGAAUGGCAGAAUUACAUACAAAGGAAAUUUCUCUCUGUGUGAGAGAUAGAGUUAAUUAACCAAUUUUGGGCAGUGGGGGCUUAAACUGGCAUCAGUGCAGCCCCCCCAUGAGCCAGAUUUUACAUCCCCAUAGAAAUCGUGAACCUUUGGCAAUGCAGCUGGGGGGUUGGGGAACCAGAUGGUUUCCCAGCCAUCCAGCGAGCCUCUAAAGACCGCAGGCCUAUUCACACAAAGUAUUCAAGCCACCUCCUGUACUUAUAUCCUCCCUUUACGCACUAACACACACACACACACACACACACACACACUUUCACACUAACACAUACUCCUAUCUACCUCCACUGCCAUUUCAACUUGUCAGUAGCAAAGGGUUCAGCACUAUGUGAGGACCCUUUGGGACUCCCUCCCCAAUUACUUUGCUGACUGCAGAGGAGCUUGGGGAUUUGCUGAGGCUGUGUUUGCUGUAGCUUGGUCUGCAUUCAGAGCUCCAAAUAAACCAAUAAAAAUAUGAAAUACAUGCCUGAAUAACUAGCCCCCUGAUAUUUUAGACCAACUAAUUGCUUAGGGGUAUAGCUGGGAUAUAGCAUACUUGAGUAUGUGAGUGUGUAAUGAGUAAUGAGGCCAAGGUAGAAACUGAUACAGUGUUAUUGACUCAUCUAUUAUUUACUGGUAUGGAAUAUAUAUUAUAAUUUUGGACAUGAGGGUCGGUCCAUGAAAUGAAGUGCAAACUCCCAUUCUUUGGAGUACAUUUUUUUUCCUACAAUAGUUCAAAUUGUGAAUUUGUUUGCUGAAUAUUUAACCAGAGAUCCCUUUUUUGUAUGUUGAACAAGUUUGCAUACGCGCCUCCCCAUUACUAAUGAAUUCAGCCUCUUUUGUGCUUGACUGUCAGCCGAUCAGGAGAAUCACAGCAGGAAAUGAGUGCAUUAUUAUCAUGUCACUGCAAGGCAGAGCUAAAUUAUCUACCAGUGUCUUCUGACAGCUGCCUAACUGCUGUCCAAUCACCACGAGACAUCUGCUGGACCAAAACUCUGUAUGUUCAGCUGAGUCCAUUCAAAGAGAUGCAUAUCAUAACCUUCCACAAAAACCUCUCUGCCACUACACGUCAGAAUUGAAAACGGUAGAUUUUAUGAAAAACAAAUAUUGAAAGCUAGAAUUGUCUCGUAAUUGUCAUAAUGUGCCUCUAAAAUUAUUUUUCAACUAUUCUGCUGGGGAAGUACCUGUAUGGUUAUGUCAUGAAGCACAUGAGGACAUCUCUAUAUAUUGCUUACAGUCCUGUAAGUGUAGGUGAUGAUUCUUACACGUUUUUAAUGAGUAAGAAAUUGCACCACCCACCCAGCUCUGUUAUUUUCUUUCAUGUCAAACCAGCGACUUUGAAUUUCUUGUUAUCUCUUCUGUGUGGUCCCCCUUUCAUGGCGGUGACGGAGCCACGCGCGUUGACAAUGGGCCUUAAUUUGAUUUCAGUUUUGAUUUGGUCCAAUCAGCUUAGUUUUGACAGAUGCUGAGCUGGAAAGAGCUUCUGUGUGAGGAAGGAAAUGCUAUAAAGGCUGAAAUUAGAUGAUUAGACGGGAGAGGAAAACAAUCUUCUCAUUAUUUAAGUCCAAGCGGAA